AUGGUUCAGGAGGCGUUUGCCCUGCAAGGUCUACUCACCCACGUCCUGCGUGAUACCGGCCUGGACGGCGACGAUGGCGAUGACGAGAUUAGGCCCGUCGCCGGGGAUGCCGGCACCCUGACAUGCCAGCGGCGGUCGUGGGUUGAGCGCGAAACGACUCGGAGAACGAAGCUGAUCGCAUUCACCUUUCUACACACCCACAGCCUCGCAUACGACGCGUAUCCUGUCCUACGCAGCAACGAGGUCAACUUGCGCCUCCCCUGCUCCACCAAGGAGUGGAAGGCGUCAACGCCGUGGCAGUGGCGGGCCGCAACCGAUGAUGUACCAAAACAGCAGCUCUAUCUCCAAGAAGCGCUGCCCCUGUUCCUCAAGAACGAGAGUCCGUCUGCUGCGCCUCUCGACCCCAUACCGACGCCUUUGGGCAACUACGUCCUCCUCCAGGGCCCGUAUCGACAGCUCGACACGGGCGACCCUCGACUGAUAGCCCGAUCCCUCGCCACGGCACCCGAUGUUCAGCGGGGCGACGGCAUCAUCGCCGCCCUGCUGUACGCGACGCAUAUGCUGGGUAUCCCUGUCCGUCUGGGUGUCGAUCGAGUUGCCCGAAGCCAAGCUCUCUUCCGGAGCAAUUUGAAACUCGAUCCCUGCUAUGCUUCCGCUGCGACGGCCCCGACCGACCUCGUGCAUCCGACAAAUCUUGGCCUCGCCGUCAUGGACAUCUGGGCUCACUUCUUCAAGAGUAACACCCAGCGGCCGUUUAUCAACAUCAUCGGCAACAGUCUACAGGGUUGCAGGGAUAUUCUUGUCAGGCAGGCAGCUCGGUAA